UGCGGAUUGCUCAGAAUAACAAGGCUGCUCGCUAAUUCCUGUUUAUCGGGGGGGUUUCAGCGAAACACCGAGUGAGUGAGUGUCCAAAAAAAACCCCCGACAGCCAGGGCAGGCAAGACCGCCGCGGUCCGCACCCCACCAUGGCUUCAGGAGACCUCUACGAGGUGGAGCGGAUUGUAGAUAAAAGGCGGAACAAGAAAGGUAAGUGGGAGUAUCUGAUUCGAUGGAAAGGUUAUGGAAGUAAGGAGGACACGUGGGAGCCAGAACACCACCUACUGCACUGUGAGGAAUUCAUUGACCAGUUCAACAGCUUGAGACUUCACUCGCGCAAACGACCCAAGGUCCCUCACAAUCGUGUGGGGCCCCACAUCCCCAGCCAUUCUGCUGCAACAGAAAACUCCAGAGCUCGCUCUGAUGCACCCAAAAAGAAAAGAACUUCUGGUCCAGCUGUUGGGGUAAGAGUAGGAUCUGUUUUGGGAAUUGGAAGAGGCGGUUCUGGAGCCACUCAGAAACACAAGAAAGUUGGCAUUGGAGCAGGAAAACAUGCUUUAGUGGACAGAAUGAGCAAAGCCAUGACAUACAAGACUCCUCCAUUAGGUGAUCCUCACUUUGUUCCCUCAAUGAGGCUUUCUCAUAAUGGACUCCAGAAUGGAGAGGUGGAACCUCAUAUGUACAGGACAGCAGCAAGGUCACAUAGACUGCCUUUAGAUAGAGUGGAUGAAGAACUGGGACACAAGGAUACCACUGGAUCGCAGUUUACUACUGAACUAGCCAAUGGAAAGAUCCAUCUGCACAGCUCAGUAAAGCGGAAGCUGGCAGAGGAGAAAGGCUACGUGUUUGACAAGCGGCUUAGGUACAACGUUCGACAGAACGAGAACAACUGUCGAUUCCGAGACAUUGUGGUCAGGAAGGAGGAGGGCUUCACGCAUGUUCUGCUCUCCAGCCAAACAACAGACAACAACGCUCUCACACCAGAGAUUAUGAAGGAAGUUUGUCGGGCCUUAAGCAAUGCAGCGGCUGAUGAUAGUAAGUUAUUGCUGCUCAGCUCUGUGGGGACUGUUUUCUGCAGUGGCCUGGAGCCGUCCUACCUCAUAGGGCGUCUGUCCACUGAUCGAAGAAAAGAGAGCAGCCGCAUCGCAGAUGCUGUACGGGACUUUGUGUUGGCAUUCAUCCACUUCAAGAAACCCAUUGUGGUGGCAAUAAAUGGGCCUGCUCUGGGCUUGGGUGCAUCCAUCUUGCCGCUCUGUGAUGUGGUGUGGGCCAGCGAGAGGGCCUGGUUCCAAACUCCCUGUGCAGCUCUCCAUCUCACCCCGUCUGGAUGCUCGUCCUACACCUUCCCCCAGAUCCUGGGUGUAGCUCUGGCUAACGAGAUGCUCUUCUGUGGAAGAAAACUGACAGCGCAAGAAGCUUGCAGUCGAGGUCUAGUGUCACAGGUUUUCUGGCCAACCACUUUCAACCAGGAAGUAAUGCUGCGCGUGAAGGAAAUGGCUUCAUGCAAUGCAGUGGUUUUAGAGGAGUCCAAAUGCUUGGUGAGGAGCAUCGUCAUGCCGGUCCUGGAAGAAGUGAAUGAAAAAGAGUGUCAUAUUCUGAAGCAGCUGUGGUGUUCAACCAAAGGACUGGAGGCGCUCUUUAGUUAUCUGCAGAAUAAGACAUAUGAUAAGUAACCAUCAACUCCCAGGAAGUUGGAGCUAGUCGGUGUGUGUGUGAGAAUGCCUUCAGAGGAACGUCCAGGAGGAUGGCGCCGUGAUCUGAAGCUGCGAAGAGGCUCUUUGUUUCUAUCCAUUUGUCAGGGGGGAUUUGCUGGUGUUCUGUUAGCUUACAUCUGUAGGAACAAAAUAAAAUCUGUCGUGUUUUGUUUUUGCAGAGCAGCUUUUUAUUGAACCCUCACUGUCCAGACGUCCAUUUGUGUGUACUGAACGAUCCAACAAGGUAAAGGGUCAAAUGUGCAUUGCUUUAAAGCAGGGAGGUGCAGUGUUUCUGUACUAUCAUCAGGAUUUAUGACAUCAGUGUAUGUCUGACUACACAUGAGAAAGUGAUAAUAUAUAUUUAUUUCAAGUGUGAAAAUAUUUCUUUCUGUACAUGAGAGUAGUUUUUACCAUUUUUUUUUAAUUCACUUAAUGUCUUGAGUUGAAGUGUGAACCAAAGUUUUGCAUGAGGACACUGCUUCUUUCCUCCUAAAAUGCACCCUCUCUCCUAGUGCAAGGACUGAAGAAAACCUAGCUGCUUGGAGGUGUUAGUGAAUUUGAAUCAGUGACUGCUCAAAUAACUGUUGGGCUAUUAUAAAAGACCAUAAAACACCUUAGAUAAUUGAAACAAAACUGCACACAAUAUAAGUGAGGACCAGAAGUAGUUGGACAAUGACAGUUUAGUGAUAUUGCCUUUAUACUUCGAGACAAUGGAUUUGAAAUAAAAACCAUGAAGAUGUGAUAAAAGUCUAGACUUUCAGCUUUCAGGGACAUUAACGAUUUAGGAAUUAUUGCUAUUUUAAUUAAAAUAGUUCAAUUUUCAGGGGCUCAAAAGUAUUUGUGCAAAGUGAUGUCUAUCAAAAAGACUUGAUCCUAACUAUUAUAAAUUAAGGUUGUAUUACAACUAUGAUUGAAGUUGUUCUCAGUCAGUGACCACCUGUAGUCUGGGUACCAUUGUCUGCCUGUACCGUGAAAGAUGUCCUGUUUGUUUUGUAUCACUUUGGUGAAUGUGAGCAGAGAAUAUAGCUUUAUUCACCUAAGAAUUCAUCUUUCUACUUCUGUUAGCAGUCACAUCACCAUUCAACACCAGUGAGCUGGUCCCAAUGGUAACCACACAGGCCCCUACCAUAAUAAUGCCUCCAACAUGUGUGACACAUACUGUGAUAUACUUUGGAUCAUCUGAUUCAAGUUUAUUUUGGCUUCAAAUGUCCAAAGAAUCUGAUUCCUAAACAGUAGAGGCUUUAUUUGACUAAAGUCUCAUUUAAUUGUUUGUUCUUGAAUUUGAAGACCUGGUUGUGAACCCUCAGUAUUCACUUAUAUCUCUUUAUUGUAUAUUUAGACAAUACUAUCCCUGCCUCCUGUGGAAGUUGGAAAGAGUUUUUCUUCAUCAAGGAUUUUGUGAUCAUACACUUUACUUUUCCUCUCUGGUCUGGCAGAGCUUUUAAAGUUGUGUAGCUCAGCAAUGCUUACUUUCUAUUUAGAAAUGAAACUUUUGACUUGCCCACACCUGAGGCAUCAUUAGACUUCUCCGUCUAAUGACGGCCUACUUCACUUGCUAGGAGACCUCCUUGCACUUCAUAUUGGUAGCUGCAGUCAAACAGAUGCCAAACUCAAUACCUGACACCAACUCCAGUGCGUUCAUUUGCUUCAUUUGUCUACAAAUAACUUUGGACCGAAUUGUAAAAACCUCUGUCAUUGUUCAAAUACUUCUGCACCCAACUUCACAAAUCUUUAUUAGACGCAGACAUUUUGGUGUCAAGCCGUUAAAUGGAAUCAAGAGUAAUGGUUUGUGAUGUUCCUGGAAAAACAAGCAGCACAAUCCUCACCGUCAAACUCCAUCUGUCUUUAACUCUUUUCACCUGUAGAAAAUAAGGCCACAGUGGAUUAGACAGCUUUGUUUUGAUUAAAAUGCACCAAUAAUUUAUUGAAAAUCAAGUGGAUAUGAAGAACCCUUAGAGUCUUACAUGAGCGCUCCGAGUAAAUAAAUUGUCGGCACAUAAAACACAGGAAGAUUGGCCAUGUUUUAGUCCACUUUGUUAAGUUGCAUAUGUUGGUAGCCUUACUGUGACGUGACUUCCAUUUAGCAGCUCACAUUGAUAUUAUGUGAAACGUGAUGAUACGGGGGGAGAAAAUAAAAGACAAAAAGAAGCUGAUCAUGUUGUUGCCUGGGACAUAUUUUCUGGUCGUGAAUUUUUAGGGGCAAAAGAAAUAAUUGCUUGUUCCCCUCCAAAUGUCAGUAAACAACAUUGUGGAAUGAAAACUUUUUUGUCAGUGGAGUCAAACUUGUCCUUAUCUGCAUGUGAUGAUUCAAGAGUUCAUGAGAUUGUAUUUUUUUGCGAUGUGUAAUAUAUAUGUAGGGAUCUAUUUUGUUUUACCAAAGUUUAAAUGUAUGUAGGUCUAUGUACAUUGUUUUGUAAGACUUGUCCAUUUUCCAGUGAAGACUUCUAUCUGAGUGUAGCUUUGACUGCUUUCUCGAACUGAUUGCAUGUAACAUACUGUAUAAAUGUGUUGCCUGUCUGGAUUACUUGUGUUUCAGGGUAUGUUUUGUACUAGCGUUGUAAGAUUUGUCAGAAAUGUUGCCGUUUAUUUUUGUAUUUAUUUGACAUAACCGUUUGAUUGUGCAGUGUGACGUGCACUGCUACACUGCUAAUCACUCUCUAAAUAAUCUCCCCAAAAGUUUCUGAUGGACUCGGGACAGAAAAUUUGAAUUGUAAACACUUUUAGUACUUGAAUGUUUAGCCUCUAAUAAAACAUCAAGUGGUUUUAUUGUAAAUGAUGAAAGGAAUGUCAAUUUAAUAUAUAUUGUUUUACUGAGCUUGAUGGGUGUGGACAGAUUGAUAAAAUGUUAUAUUUCAUACCGGAUGUACAGAUGAGACUGUUAAUUUCACUCAUAGGUUUCUUUUAUUUUCUGGAAUGAUUAAUGGUUUCAAGAA